AUGUUCAUUAUUCGGUUAGCAUCUGAUGCUUUAUCGUCAAUCACUGAGGGUGAACCAAGUCAUCAAAUGCAUCAAACUGCCAGUUCUCCAUCUACCUCACAGUAUGAAUCACUUAAAAAAAUAGAGGAUAUACCAAAACAACCCAAUGAUGAUACACAAAAGCGUUUACUCAGCAUUAAACGUGUUCACAGACUAAUCGAAGAGGAAUUAAUGAUGGAGUAUGACAUGAAAGCUACUAAUAAAUCUGAAAGGUAUAAUAACAGCAACAAUAAUAAUAAUAUCAAGUUAUCAAGAUACCAUGAAAAAGAUGAGUUUUGUACACCGUAUAGUAGUAGUAAUCAACGGAGUAAAAAUGAUGCCAGCGUAAAACGGAAUACUGCUGACCACCGCUCGAUUAGCACACCGAAGAAAUGCUCUCCAACGACUAGUCUACUGUAUGAUUUAUUAUCUGGUAGAGAGAACUUUAAUUCAGUUUAUAUGAGAAGUCAGCUAGUGUUUGUUACAUGUGAUGAUGACAAUGUUGAGCCAAUAAAUAACUUUACAAAAGAAGGCCUUCACAGUAAGCGGAAAACAACACGUGGUCCGCCUUUGCAAAGAAGACGUAAACCGCUUAGGCCAACAAAACAUUUUAUCGCCCUACGAACACCAGAAAAGUCUACGGAUACUGAUGGAAAACAUUUUCCGCGUAAUGCUGCAUCCAUUGAAAAAUUGUCAUCAUCGUCGCCAUUCUCGUUAUCCCCUUCAUCGACAUCAUCGCCGUCAUCUUCAUCUUCCUCCUUAUCAUCGUCUGUGUUAAGUCCAUCAAAUAUUAACAUGUUAACCUGUUCUCAAGCUUCUCCUAAAAAGUUAUUAGACAAAAUUGAUUGCCUUACCAUCAAUAAUACUACACAUUCCCAGUCACCGAUUGAUCACUCUUCAUUACUGUCCAUCAUCAAUAAUCAAGAGUGUUUGGAACAACCAUUAGAUUUAUCCUCAGCAUCACAUUCCUAUCGAUUAGGCUUACCACCAAACAAUCAAUCCGAUAUGAUAGAAAUAAAACGAAGGCGAAGUUUUGCCGGUAAUUCACGAUUAUCCGAUAAUUCAGAUGUGAUUAAAUGUAGCACCCAACGACACAAUUCCGUUAACUUGCCUUUAUCAACAAAGAAAAUCGAUUGUAAUAGAAAAAACAGUGUCAAUAUUAACACCACUACUACUAGUAAUUCAAGACCCGAACGUAAACCGUCAGAAAAGUAUCCGUGUCUUUCUAAUGGACCCGAGCAUACUGAAAAAUUUCCCAUGAACAUAUCAAAUACUGAAUCAAAUGCGCUCACAACAAAUUUUCUUGAUUUUAUUUUAUCCCCUGAUUGUUAUCGUGUUGCAUUGUCGGCUGCACUCGCCAUUUGUGCAUCUUCUGUCUUCCAGUCACUCAGUGGCACACUAGACCAUAACAAUAGUAAUAGUAAUAAUAGUGAUAAUAAUAAUAAUAAUAAUUUGCUCAAUUCACGUAACACUCCUAAAACAACUUAUGAAUUAGCCUAUGAUAUAUUAAAUUCAUUAAAUUCCAAUUCUGGUGGAACAACUUCAAGUGUAAAACAGGAGAAUGAACAGCAACAUCAACAACAACAGCAAUGUCUAAAGAACACAUCUCCGACAUCAGCUGAUAAUUCUAGCUAUCCCAGUGUUGUAAAUACACAAGACUGUCAACACAGCGUUGUAUCUACGUCGAAAAUACCACUCUGUAAAUCGAAUUCCAUGUCAAAAUAUAAUACUACCGGUGACAAUUUCCCACCUAAAAAGUCUUUAUCUAAUCGAUUGUAUUCGAUUAAAAAAGUUAACCAGGCGGAUUAUUUAAACAAAACACAUUCACUGCCUAGUCGGACAUUGAACCAGCAUUCCAGUAGUGAUAAUAAUAAUAGUAGUAAUAGUAAUAAUAAUAAUAAUAAUAAUUUUGAUACAGAUAUUGUUGACAUUAUCACAACUAGACAUUCCUUCACUUCUUCCUCUCCUUCUUCUUCUUCUUCUUCUACUUCGUCGUCUUCUUCUCCUGCUUCUUCACCGAUGAAAGUCCCCAGUGAAGACUUGAAGUUAUUUUUCCGCAGAAAUUCCAGUCGUUAUCGUGGUCGGAUAAGAUACUGGUUAAUUCAAAUGAUUAGUUUAGUGAAACAGCCUGAACCAAUUCUAAUUUCUUUACUUCACAAUAAUGAUAAUAAUAAUAAUAGCAAUGAUAAAAUGACAGAUCCAUCAAAUAUACCUGUUGAACAGAUGACAAGUUUAUUAAGCUGCUUUCGUCUACACAUAUUAGAUCAAUCAAUUGAGACCAGGCUUAAGUUCUUGAAUAUGUCAUGGUAUCGACUAUUACUGGUUUAUUUAAUUGAGCAUAAACAAUUAGACUUACUGACAAUUGAAUCAGCAUUGUCAUCGUCUUCAGCGUCAGCAUCGUCAACUGAUGGAAAUGAAGGAAAUGAUGAGAGAUCAACUCAUAGAAGGUGUGAGAGAAAUAAUCUAAUCAAUAAUAAUAAAGAAAUAAAAUCGAUACACCAAUCUACUCAUCAUCAAUAUCAUCAUGAUCAUAAAAUGUCAAGCUUACUUCAUGACAUUCAAACUGUUACAUCAAUGUGUUAUUCACUGGAAUUUAAUCAUUCCGUGUAUAAUUUGAUUCGAAUUGGUUUAUUGAUUAUAGGCGACCAAUCAGAUGCACAAAACACCAAUAAUAUACAAUUACUGGAAAGGACACUUCAAGAAUAUAUGGUCAACUUAAACUGUAUCAAGAAUAAGUCCAAGUGUCAUUCUAAUUUAUCCCUGAAUGGUUGUAUAACGGAGACUACGACUUCGCCUACUGCAACUAAUACUACUACUACUACCAUCACCUCGACUUCGACUGCCAAUACUCCAACGAAAGACACUGACAGCAACGCUGUUGUUCUUGUUAGUAGUAGUAGUAAUAAUAGUCGUGGCAACCGUAUCCCUUCAGUUAUGAUACACACUAUUAUUCAAAAAUUACUGAAAGUAACCAAAGAUUCAAUUAUCUUUCUAUUGUCUAAUCAAUUAGGCGGUGAUUCUGUUGAAAGUAUGUACAAUAGCCUUGUAGAAAUCUCUAAAGUAUCAUAGUUCAAUAUUCCAAUGUCCUCUUUUUCCCCUUCUUCUUCUUCCGUUUAAGUAUGUUUUUCUGGUAUUUUCUUUCAGCUUUUAAUAUUUUUAUCGUGUCCAUUCUGUUUUCUGUAUGGGAGUUCGUGUGUAUGUGUGUGUGUGUGAGAGUGAGUACAGCUCACAUAGGAGGAUAGAUUACAUAGAUAGGUAGACAUAUUGUGAUUUUUUUCAUUUGUUUGAUGAAUGCGCCCCGAGUUAAAACUCAGUAAUAAGUUUGAAAUUUGCGCCAAAAUCUCACAAUAAGACAAUAGAAACGCUUUAGACAAACACACAAACUCACGCGCAUACAUAUGUGCAUAUACCAUUUGUGAAUCAAGGAUUUCUUAUCAAAUACAUUCUACCUCAAUCGAUAACAAUUUGUCUACUCAUUAUUAUUAUUAUUAUUUUGUAUUAUUUAUUAUUUAACUUUUGCAUUCUUUAUUCAUUUCACUUUUGUAAUACAUUUAUUUUAAUAACAACAAUAGUAACAGUUAUGAAACUAAUUUCUCCCAUGUUAAAUUCAAUUUACCCGCCUCGAAAGAAAUGCAGAAAUUAAAACAAAUUACGCGGGCAUAUUUUAUGUGUUUAACUAAACUAAAAGAUUCAUGACAGUAUUAUCAACCUACUGUGCUUUUCUCUUGUUUGGUUGAGUGUAUGUGUGCGUGGGUGUGCGUGUGUGUGUGAGUCAGCGUUUCCGCAUAUAUUAGCAAGUAUUUUCUUUUGAUGAUCCAUUCUUCCAUUCGUUCAUUAUUCGUUGUCUACGUUUAUAACAUGAAAAAAUUCUUGUUCAUUUUUUUGCUUUUUUCUAAACAAGCAUAGAACAGCCGGUGAAACUUAGAAUGAUUUAUUAUUAAAAUAGAAUAAUUUCUCACUUUGUUUUCAUACUUACUCAUGAAUAUAUAUA